GAAGAAGGAGAGGCCCCAGCCGGCCUGGCUCCCCAGCUAAGCUCAAAGCAUUCCUUAGGACCAGCUCGGUGAUGAGCCCCCAGUCUCCCAGACAUCCUGGCUCCCGCUCCUCCUAAGACCUUUUGGGGAAAGCAUAUCUCUCAUCGGGGAUACUUUUCUUUCUAAAUUCCCAUUUUCACUUCAGGAAAUUAAUGUUCUUCUUUGGGUGUUCUAGCAACGACCAUGAAUGAAAGCCAUGCUGACCUUCUUCUUUCCCCCUAACUUGUUAGGAGCUAUGGACGGCGGAAAGAUGGAGCGCUUCUCCUGCAGUGUGAUUCUGAUCAUGGCCAUUUCCAAAGCGUUUGAACUGGAAUUAGUUGCCGGGUUGGGCCACCGUGAACUUGUGAGGAGAGAGCCGCCCUUAAGAGAUGCCGGCGUUCGGUCCUGGGAGGAGCCUGUGGCUCGUCACCGGUCUUCCCCGUUUGUGCCGACCUUAGGCAUCCAGGAUAGUAAGGAGUUAAACAGAACUUGCUGUCUGAAUGGGGGCACCUGCAUGCUGGGGUCCUUCUGUGCCUGCCCACCUUCCUUCUAUGGCCGCAACUGUGAGCAUGAUUCCCGGAAAGAGAACUGUGAGUCGGUGCCCCAUGACACCUGGCUGCCCAGGAGAUGCUCCAUGUGUAAAUGCUGGCGUGGCCGGCUCCACUGCUUCCGGCAGACAUUCCUACCAGGCUGUGAUGGUCGUGUGAUGGAGGAGCACGUCCUGGUCUCCAGGACUCCAGAAUUAACACUGUCUUUGGGCACCACUUUCUCACUGGCUGGCAUCUGCCUCACUCUACAAAGUUACUGUUAAUGGACACUUGCAUAUGCAGUAUUUUGUCAUGCGAGUUUCAUAACCUGUAAAGGCUGUCACUCCCGUGUCCCCAGAGAUGAUCAUUGGUUAGUUGCCUUGACCUAACGAAUAGAUUUUCAUCAUAGUCCCUAAUAUUUUCUUCAAGUACCAACUACUUUCCUCUGCCCUGCUGUCUCCAAAAAAUUUCUCUUAAAAAAAAGUCAGCCAU